CAGGCUAUCAUUGUCGGUCUGUACUUCCACAGCCUGGUCGACACGCCAUUGCCGCCACCGACGUCAGGAUUAUAUGCCAACAUAACUAUGCCACCUUAUCUGGACACGAGGAACCAGUCGCGCUCUAUUCCUGCGUACCUCAUUGUCUUCGUCUUUGCACAGCUUUUCCAACUCGUCUUUGCCUGGGACGCAGUAAGUCUUCAUUUUGCUCUGUUACAAAUACUUGUAACGAUUGCCCCGUUCAUAUUUUGUCUCGUUCAGUGUUUGUGUUUAAAACACGCCCCAAAGAAGGGGUGUGUGGGUAGAGCCUGAAAAAGGCCAGGUGGGCGAAACGCUUAAUACUGGCAUGAAUGACUGGAUGGAUAGAUACCGAAGUGCGGGCACAGAAUACGAUCGAGUUGAUUGGGAUUGUAAUAUUCAAUUUAUGCUGCUUCGCCUACUCGAUCUUUGAGAUCUCCCAGAUCCGCAACUCGCUCUGGGACUCGGGAAACGAGGGCUUCUUUGUUCCACAGGACAAGGCCCAGAAGCUACAAGACUCUAUUCAGCCAUUCUUGAUCAUCGUCGUCUGUAUCAUUGGCAUCACACAGUUUCUCGUCACUUGGUUGGCCUACCGGCUCUUCCAGGAGUUUGGAUGGAAGAUUUACAAAAAGAUCGGAGCCGAUCCCAACACAAAGAAAAUGUACCGCGCGUACCAGAUCUACCUGGUGCUGAUCAAGGUCGACCUGUUCUUCUUUGUGGGAUUUUCAAUCCAGUUCAUCUAUUUGACCCUGAUAAAGCGCGGUCAGGACCCCGAAUACUGGUUGACGAUCAUUGUGCUGCCUGUGACGAUCCUGAUUCUGUACAUUGCGGUGUAUGCGGUCCGACACGAGAGCCGCAAGUGGAUGGCGACGUUCCUGCUGGCGAUGCUGUGUGGAGUCGUUUACUUUAUCUUUAAGGUCGUCAGAAUGUAUAUCGGACCCAAGGUCGAGAAUUACAGGGGUGUCUUCAAGUUCCUGACCCUUUUCGCAUCGCUGUGCUUAAUUACGAUUCUGCUGACAAUCGCCAACGCUGCUUUCUGCUACCGCAAUUUUGGAAAGGGAUUGAAGCCUCAUUUGCAGCAGGAUGGCCCCGAGGCACAGAGCGUAACCUCCCCAGCGGGUGCUCGCCAUCUGGAGAUCGACUAAAGCUGCAAACAAGGCCGCUCUUUUUAUCGAUAUCAAGGCGAGAUGCGUUUCGUCAGUUGUAUAUAGACCUGCGCCUAGGUUGUCUUGUGCGCCAUUAAAGCUCUCUCUGGCUUGAU